AGUAUUAUUAGAUUUGGACCCUUCUUUCUUUUCACUUUUUUGUUUCCAGCUGUUUACAACUUUGGUUCACUCAAUGUCCCGAUGGAAACACAUACCACGAAGCUUCCCCCCUUUACCUUGUUUUCGUCCCCCUAUAUAACCACCUUCUAUCACUCCCCCAUUUCAUAAUAUCAUAAUCCAAUUAGAAUAGAAACACCAUACAGACAAAUAAAAUAUGAAGAGUUCAUUGCUAGUAUCUGUUGUAAUCAGCUUGGUAAUAGUUGCUUCAGCCGCCAACUUUAACCAAGACAUCGACGUUACUUGGGGAGAUGGGAGGGGCAAGAUUCUCGAAAACGGAAACCUUCUCACUCUCACCCUCGACAAAUUCUCCGGGUCUGGUUUUCAAUCCAAGAACCAAUAUCUGUUUGGGAAGAUCGAUAUGAACAUUAAGCUGGUUCCAGGCAACUCUGCUGGCACUGUUACCACUUACUAUCUUCGUUCGGAAGGGUCGACAUGGGAUGAAAUUGACUUCGAAUUCUUGGGGAACCUAAGCGGAGACCCAUACAUAGUCCACACCAAUGUAUAUACACAAGGCAAAGGUGACAAAGAACAGCAGUUCUACCUUUGGUUCGAUCCUACCAAAGACUUCCAUACCUACUCCCUUCUUUGGAACCCUCAACGUAUUAUCUUCUCUGUUGAUGGGACACCAAUUAGAGAGUUCAAGAACUUGGAAUCAAAGGGCGUUGCGUUCCCGAAGAGCCAGCCGAUGAGAGUGUAUUCGAGUCUUUGGAACGCCGAUGAUUGGGCCACUCGAGGUGGUCUUGUUAAGACGGAUUGGAGCCAAGCUCCUUUCACUGCUUCUUACAGGACUUUCAAAGCUGAUGCAUGUGUCUGGUCUUCCGGUAAAUCAUCAUGUUCCUCCACCUCACCCUCCCAAAAUUCAUGGCUGUCGCAAGAACUGGAUAUAACGAGCCAACAAAGGCUCAAAUGGGUUCAGAAAAAUUAUAUGAUUUACAAUUACUGCACCGACACCAAGCGAUUUCCUAUGGGACUUCCUAAAGAGUGCACUGCUUCUUAAUUUGUUGAUUAAAAUUUCCUUCGCUAGUCAUGCCUAAGGACAGAUACUUUGUUCAAAAGCAGCCUCUCACAGUAUUCUUUUGUUUCAUUCUAUGUUUUGUAACAUGUAAAACUAAGCUCAAUAAAUAAUACUAUUCAAUUUCGGAAA